AUGCCAAAUACAUCAUAUAGCACAAUUGGUGACGUUUCGCGACACCCGGAUGUACCGAGUGUGGUAGAUCCAUUUCGUAUGAAUGAUUUAUCACGAGAUAUGGAGAUUUCACGAAAUGCAGAAAUGGUCUGCAAUACCGAUGUGUCCGCACUUCUGAAUGUUCAAAAAUUGCCACCAGAAAAGACAAAUCAAUUACAACGACUUCGAGCAUCUCAAUCACUUCUGAUGAAUACUGACGAUAUUAAAGCCAUGAAAGUUGAAUUACCCGAAAAAAUAGAAGUGAAAAAGUUGAGUGAUGGAGCGAUCGGACAACAACUUACAUCAUUAAAUCAAUAA